UAUGCACACAAUGAUAUCACCCGUUUUCAAUUCAAUCGAUAUUCUCUCUAUUUCUGAUUCCAUAGGUCUUCUCUGUCUCCAAAUACUCUGUUUCAUGUUUCACGAGCCCUUAAAUCUUCCAUCUCAGAUCCGAGAAAGCUUCUGUGCUCAUUUUAUGGAGUUUUAAGAGGUGUAGAGGAACGGAGUUGUGGGUAUCAAGAUAAUGUUUGUGAUUCAAAAGUGGAAGUGCUCAUGGUCUCUGGUAGCAGCAAUUGCUUCUAUAUUGGGCUUAGUUUCAGCAGUUCAUCUAUUCCUUUAUCCGCUGGUACCUUCUUUCGAUUACUUUAGUGUCCGGCAAGUUCAGAACUCUUGUGCCCCAAUUAAUUCAUUAACCAGAGGAGGUCUUGAUUUGGAUCACCGGUUUCCAAUUGAUUCGCACAAUGCGUUGGUUUACCGUGGUGCACCGUGGAAGGCCAAGAUUGGACAGUGGUUAGCUGGUUGCGAUUCAAUUACUGCAGAAGUAAACAUUGCUGAGGAAAUAGGAGGCAAGGCCUGCAAAAAUGACUGUAGUGGUCAAGGUGUUUGUAAUCGUGAAUUGGGACAAUGCCGGUGCUUUCAUGGAUAUGAUGGUGAAGGAUGCUCUGAGAGGCUGCAGUUAGACUGCAAUUACCCAAAAUCACCAGGGCAACCAUAUGGGCAAUGGGUUGUCUCAAUUUGCUCUGCUCAUUGUGACACAACAAGGGCAUUGUGCUUUUGUGGAGAAGGUACAAAAUACCCAAAUCGUCCUGCACCUGAGUCAUGUGGGUUUAAAAUAAACUUUGCUUCCAAGUUAACCGACUGGACAAAAGCUGACCUAGACAAUAUUUUCACGACAAAUGAGAGCAAACCAGGAUGGUGUAAUGUGGAUCCAAUAGAAGCUUAUGGUUCCAAGGUGCAUUUCAAGGAGGAAUGUGAUUGCAAAUAUGAUUGUCUCGCGGGGCGGUUCUGUGAAGUUCCUGUGCUUUGCACUUGUCUCAGUCAGUGCUCUGGUCAUGGGCAUUGCCGUGGUGGAUUUUGUGAGUGUCACAAUGGUUGGUAUGGGACAGACUGCAGUAUUCCAUCAGUUUUAUCAUCUAUGAGUGAAUGGCCUCAAUGGCUACGACCAGCUCAUGUUUAUAUUCCUGACAACACACAGCUUGCUGGGAGUCUUGUUAACCUCAAUGCUCUGGUGAAAAAGAAAAGACCCCUUAUAUAUGUUUAUGAUUUGCCUCCUGAAUUCAAUAGCCUGCUUCUUGAGGGACGCCAUUUCAAAUUUCAGUGUGUAAACAGAAUCUACGAUGACAAGAAUGCAACAUUUUGGACUGAUCAGUUGUAUGGUUCGCAGAUGGCAAUUUAUGAAAGUAUUCUUGCUAGCCCGCAUCGCACAUUAGAUGGUAAAGAAGCAGAUUUUUUCUUUGUUCCUGUUCUUGAUUCGUGCAUUAUUACUCGUGCAGAUGAUGCACCCCACUUUAACAUGCAGGACCAUGGGGGGAUGAGGAGCUCAAUGGCCCUGGAAUUCUAUAAGAAGGCAUAUGUUCACAUUGUUGAGCAUUAUCCUUAUUGGAACCGUUCGUCAGGAAGGGACCAUAUUUGGUUUUUUUCAUGGGAUGAAGGUGCUUGCUAUGCACCUAAGGAGAUAUGGAACAGCAUGAUGUUGGUUCACUGGGGUAAUACGAAUUCAAAGCACAACCAUUCAACAACAGCAUAUUGGGCUGACAAUUGGGAUCGCAUUUCUUCUGACAGGAGAGGCAACCAUCCAUGCUUUGACCCUGACAAAGAUCUCGUACUUCCAGCAUGGAAACGCCCUGAUGUCAAUGCCUUGAGCUCCAAACUCUGGGCAAGGAGUCGCAAGAAGCGGAAGACCCUAUUCUACUUCAAUGGAAAUCUAGGACCAGCUUACAAAAAUGGAAGGCCAGAAGCCACUUAUAGUAUGGGUAUCAGGCAGAGACUGGCAGAAGAGUUUGGAUCAAGCCCUAACAAAGAAGGGAAACUUGGGAAACAGCAUGCAUCAGAUGUGAUUGUGACUCCUUUGCGCUCUGAAAAUUACCAUGAGACUUUGGCCAGUUCUGUUUUUUGUGGGGUAUUGCCUGGUGAUGGUUGGAGUGGCAGAAUGGAAGACUGUGUUCUGCAAGGGUGCAUUCCUGUGAUCAUUCAGGAUGGAAUUUUCCUGCCAUACGAGAAUGUGCUCAACUAUGAAACUUUUGCUGUUCGAAUACCUGAAGAUGAAAUUCCAAACAUGAUUAAUAUUCUUCGGGCAUUUAAUGAAACAGAAAUAGAAUUCAUGUUGGCAAAUGUAAAGAAUAUCUGGCAGAGGUUCUUAUAUCGUGAUUCUGUUUUGCUUGAGGCUGGAAGGCAGAAAACUGCUUUUGGACAUGUGGAGGAUUGGGCUGUACAGUUCCUGCAACUCAGUGAAGAUGAUGUCUUUUCCACCUUCCUACAGAUGGGUGUGUGGACUGGCCCUGAAUUUUGAGAAAAAUAUAAUCAGAAAAUAUCUUGGAUAGUUCUUCGUCUACUUUAAACUAACUUCAGGAAUUAGAAAGCCACUACAGAGGUACACUGAACAGAUUCUUUAAAAUCGUAUUUCUGUGCCAUUUUGAAUGUGAUGCUACGUAUGUAGGCAAUCUAUUCUGCUGUUUCUGCUUUGUGAGAAAAUUUAUAUGUUUUGCAUGUAAAAUCAUGUACUUGUAUGCAUAUAUAAUAUCAAACAGCUAGCUGACGAUUUUGAACUUGAGCUGUCUUUACAAGGUUUUGCACUACAAGUUGCAUAACGAUCCUUGGAGGCAACAUCUUGUCCAGCGGAAUAAAGAGUUUGGUUUGCCACAAGAAUGCUUGAUAAGAAAUUAAGAACUUAUUGAAGAGCAAUAAUUAAGCAUUAAGCUAGUCUAACAAAAUUGCUACUACUGAAGGGCUAUGAGGUUGGAACAAGCAGAUAAUAGCUACCCUAUUUUUCGCUUUUGAGAGAACUCACAUGUUUGAAUGGAACACCAUCCUCAGAAGCUAUUGUGAAGGCCAGUUGAUAAGCAUGUCAAUCUCAACCCAUUUUUUUGUACCAGAUGAAGGUGCACAGCAUGCAGGUAUUCUUUUCAUCAUCACAACAUGGUUGUAGAAUGAAUAUUUUCAUUUUCCAUAUUUCUCCUCAGUUAUGCCUGUGGAAAAAAAAAUAAAAGUGGUGAAAAAAAAAAAAUCUCUUUUUGUGUCUUGUUUAUGGUAGAAUUCCAUGUGUUACCAUAGAGAGGCAGAAUUUUGAGCUGUUAUACUGGUGCUGGUGAGAGUGUGUUGUACCAAUAGACAAUUAACGACCUGUUGACUCCAAACUGUUGAAGAGAUUUGUUUUCAUUGUAUA